AUUUACUAAUUAGGCCUCAACUGCAAAACCAGAAAUCCCAGACUGGCAUUUGCUCCUCCUCCCAAAAUAUAAAACCUAAUUUUAGCUUUCUUCCGUUUCUCCUCUCCUGUUUUUAUACAUUCCCAUUUCUACACUUUUUUCAUUUGUGAGUUUUGUUUCAUUUUUCCGACGAUGAAGAUGGAGCAAAAUUCAACCCUCUUCAUCAUUUUCCUCCUCUCCGUAAUCCACAGCUUCGUGUUCGUUCAUGCACUCCGCGGCGCGAGCCCGGAGAAAGCCUUGAAGCUCAAGCUAAUCCACAGGUACUCUCCACAUUAUAAUGGCCUGCAUGGGGAUGAGAAGCCUAAAAACCAGCAGGAGCUCCUCAGGUUGCUCCACCGCCACGACAUUGUCCGCCAUCAAAUGAUAUCGUACAGAAGGCAACAACAACAAGAAGAAAGCCUUCUUGAUGCUGAAGAGGUAAUAUUAAACAGCAGCCGGAUCGCGGCGAGGCGGAUGGCUUGGGAAAAAAGAGGCUCCAUGGCAAUGCCGAUAAGUUCGGGUUCGGAUUACGGUUGGGGGCAGUACCUGGUUAAAAUUAAAAUCGGAACGCCGGCACAAAAGUUCUUGUUAGUCGCGGAUACCGGCAGUGACUUGACGUGGAUAAACUGCAGAUACCGUUGCAGAAACCGGUGCGAGAAGCACCAAGGAAGGUUGCAACACAAGAGGGUUUUCCAUGCAGAACUUUCUUCUUCCUUUAAAACUGUGCCGUGUUCUUCGAAAUUGUGCAAGGUUGGUCUGUGGACUAUGUUUUCUCUCCAACAGUGCUCCACCCCAUCGAGCCCUUGCAGAUAUGAUUACUCGUACAUAGAGGGGGCUCAUGCAUUUGGGCUGUUUGCCAAUGAGACUGUAAGAGCAACCCUGGCAAGUGGCACGAGAACCAAACUGGAAAACGUGAUAGUUGGUUGCACAGACCACAUCAAGGGCAGUGGAGGCAUUAGACAUGGUGAUGGUAUAUUGGGGUUGGGCUUUGGCAGGAACUCAUUCACUACCAAGGCUUCCCUACACUUUGGUGGCAAGUUUUCUUAUUGCCUGGUUGAUCAGCAAAGCCCCAAACAUGUCUCAAAUUUUCUCACAUUUGGUGGCCACAAAGCAGCUAGAUUGCAGAAACAAAUGAACUACACAAAGCUGGUUAUCGGUGACUCCGAGGAUAAGGGGUCGUUCUACGGCGUAAAUGUGCAGGGAAUCUCAGAUGGGGGGAAAAUGUUAGAUAUACCACCUCGUGUGUGGGACGAAAAUCUUAAAGGUGGAACCAUUGUUGAUUCAGGCACAAGCCUCACAUUUCUGAAAGUGCCGGCAUAUAAAGCUGUCAUGAAAGUAAUGACAAUGGCUUUGUCGAAAGUGAAAAAAUUGUCACCAGAUGAUGACCCUUUUGACUUUUGCUUCAGUUCCAAGGGAUUCAACAGGUCUUUAGUGCCAAAAUUCGCAAUUCACUUUGCAGAUGGAGCUAUAUUUGAGCCACCAGUGAAGAGCUAUGUUCUUGAGGUUGCUGACGGGAAGAUGUGCCUAGGGUUUGUGCCAACUAAUGUUGGUCCCUCUGUUAUUGGCAACAUAAUGCAGCAAAACCAUUUGUGGGAAUUUGACUUAGGGAGGAGGACACUGGGUUUUGCUCCCUCCACCUGCACCUAGGACUUGUUCAAAUACUGGAAUUGGAUUGAUUAUGUUCUUGUAAUAACUUUUUCUAUUUCUUCCCAUAUAUAAUUGUGUAUGAAAUUCAUUGCAUUCUUAUGGUGACGUCUUGUACUUGAUCAUAAAUCAUAAUUGGGUUUUCACACUUGUAUCCAUCCAAGUGUUUCACAUA